UUCACCCAGAGGUGCUCCGUGGAUAGCGAACUCAUGGCUAUCCCAAACAGUGUUAUAGAAUUUGUACUGUUGGGACUGACCCAGGCUCCAGAGAAGCAGAAUGUCAUCUUUGCUGUCUUCUUGAUAUUUUACUUGGCUACACUGUUUGGAAACUUCCUCACUGUGUUGACCAUCAAGACUAGCCCUACUCUUGAAUCACCUAUGUACUACUUCCUGGCCUAUUCGUCAUUUUCAGAUGCCUGUUUCUCCUCUACCACGGCCCCUAAAUUGAUUGUUGACUCUCUCUCAGAUAAGAAGACCAUAACUUCUGGGGGCUGCAUGACCCAAUUCUUUGCACUCCAUUUCUUCGGCAGCAUGGAAAUCCUGGUCCUCAUUCUGAUGGCCUAUGACCACUACGUGGCCGUCUGUAAGUCCCUCCUCUAUACCACCAUCAUGAAUCAAUAUCUGUGUGGCUUUCUGGUGGGCUUAGCCUGGGUAGUGUCUUUCUUGCAUUCUUCCGCCCAGCUUUUCCUCACCCUGAGCCUACCAUUCUGUGGUCCCAAUGUGAUCGAUCAUUAUUUAUGUGAUGUGCUACUUUUGAUGAAACUCGCCUGCUCCGACACUCACUUGGCGAACCUGCUGUUCGUUUCCAACAGUGGGGCCAUCUGUACCUCGGGUUUUGUUGUGCUUAUGGCAUCCUAUGUGGUCAUCUUGUAUUAUCUGAGGUCCAAAGGGGCUGAAGGAAGAUGUAAAGCCCCGUCCACCUGCAGCUCCCACAUUCUUGUGGUCACCUUAUUCUUUGGUCCCUGUAUAUUCAUAUACGCCCGGCCCCAAACCAUCUUCUCUACGGAUAAAUUGGUGUCAGUCUUUUAUACGAUCGUUACUCCCUUGUUUAACCCUUUGAUCUACACUUUGAGGACCGCAGAGGUGAAAAAUGCCAUGGGAAAAUUAUGGAGCCGAAAAGUGCUUCCUGGGGAGUUAUUAGCAAGAUUUGGAAGAUGGGAAGACGUGUAUCUUGGAGUAUUUUAA